AUGAGUAGACAACGAAGACGACGCAUGGCGGAAAAUUAUUUCGUCAUCUGGCUCGAUGGAAAUAUGGACAUGGCAAAGAAAGAUUAUCAACAUACGCUCGAGCAACUGCGUGGUGUUGUUAAUGAAGUGCAUACAUGCACCACGGUGGAAGAAUGCAUUGCACUGCUCAAUGAAAAUAAGGAGGAGACCUCAUUCAUUAUCUCCUCUGGUGCACUUGGGCAACAUCUUCUACCACACAUUCAUACAAUGCCAAAGCUUGAUACAAUAUAUAUAUUUUGUCGCAACAAACAACUUCAUAAAGAAUGGGCUAAAAAUUGGACAAAAAUUGAAGGUGUUCACAAGACUAUCAAGUCCAUACGCCAAGCAUUGAAAGUAGCUGUCAAACGAUACAAUCAAAACAAUACCACGGUCAGUAUUAUUGGUGCCAAUGAAGGAAGCUCUACACACAAUCUCAAUCAGCUAGAACCCAGCUUCAUGUAUACACAAAUAUUCAAGGAAAUUCUUCUUGACAUGGAACAUGGUCAGAAGGCCGUACAAGAUUUGGUGACAUUUUGUCAAGAACAAUAUCAUGACAACAAGAAAGAACUCAAACUUAUUCAAGAAAUUGGACGUACAUAUGAACCAUCAACAGCCAUUUGGUGGUAUACCCGCCAAUGUUUCGCAUAUAAAAUGCUCAAUCGAGCUCUGCGAACCCUGGAUGGAGACAUCAUCAUCCGCAUGGGUUUCUUCCUGUGCGAUAUACACCGACAACUUGAACAAUUACACAGCAAACAGGUCAGUCAGUAUCAUCGGAAAAGCUUUCCUGUUUUUCGGGGACAAGGAUUACCAAAGGAAGACUUGGAAAAAAUCACAAAAAGUAAAGGUGGUCUUAUUUCUUUUAAUAAUUUCUUAUCCACCAGUACAGAUCGAGAAAUCUCACUCGGUUUCGCCAAAGAUGCCUUGGGAACAAUCGAUCUGGUCGGCGUUCUCUUCAUAAUGACCAUCGAUCCUACAGUAUCAUCAACUCCAUUCGCCUCCAUCCGGGAGGUUAGUUACUUCAAGAAAGAAGAGGAAAUUCUCUUCUCCAUGCACACCGUUUUUCGAUUUGGUGAAGUUCGACAAAUUGACAAGGAAAGACCACUUUAUGAAGUGGACCUUAGACUUACGUCGGACGACGACGAACAACUUCGAAAAUUAACUGCUCGUAUACGAGAAGAAGUGUCAGUUAGCACAGGNAAAAAAAAACAAAAUACACCAAAAGAUGCAGCGUAA